AUGGUAUUCCCAGGCCACUUCAGCACGGGGUGCAAGCGGUGUCGCCAGCGCAAGGUCAAGUGCGACGAGGCCAAGCCCACGUGUCGGCGUUGUUACGUGUAUGGGAAGCCAUGCCCGGGAUACACUGAUCAGUUCCACUUCCGACACACGUUAUCUAAUCCCAAGUCUAAGGCAAACUCUUCAAGCGUAAGCGAGGUCGCGACCCUACCGCAGAAGCCGGCGAGUCCGUCUCCCAAGAGAGAAGGCAGCGAGGAAGCAGUCGACGAAAAGAGUAUCACCGUGGCUGAAUCCAGCCGUCAUGCCAUUGUCCGUAAUCCCGGAAUCUCGUACGAGCAGGUCUCCCUCGCCUACUUUGCCCAUCGCUUCAUAUCGCAAGACGAUGGCGACGGGUUCCCUGGCCAUUUCAGCUUCCUGCCCGACCUCUACGAUGAUCACAACCGCGGUCUGCUCGAGACCGCCACGCUGAGUGUCGCUCAGAUGGCGGCGUAUAACCAGUUCGGGGGUGAUGGGUUCCGCACGCAGUCGUUUAAAAACUAUGGUCGUGUUAUUCGAAUGCUGCGAGAAAGCAUGCAGUCCGAUGAUCAAGCCAUCGACGACAAAGUCAUCACGACCAUAUUGCUGCUUUGUACACACAAUGACAUUAGCGGCGAGGGCCUAGGCGACCCAAAUGAACAUGCGCCGGGCCUCUUUUAUCUCUUGGAAAAGAGAGGGCCGGGGCAGAUCGGAACCAAACGAGGAGCUGAGCUUUUUCAUCUCGCUCUUAUCCGCUUGCAAAUCUACUCCUUCCUACACGAAGACGAUACGUACAGCGACCCCGGCGCUAUUGCCACCAUCAUGGGACUCUUUGACCCCCUCCUCCGAGCCAUGUCGAUGAUGUCGAGGACUCUGGCAUUACGCCAUAGCCUAUCACGCUAUAUGGACAUCGAAACACGAUCAAACCCAUUCCACGAUGCUCCAACAACAUCCACGGACGAAGUCCAGCAGAUUAUAAAAGAAUGUUUCGAAAUGCUCGAAAACUUUCACAUUUGGGAUGAGGAGGCUGCCGCAUACUGGCAGAGCACCUUCGAGGCUCGUACUGUGCCGACUGCCUUGGGCAAUGUGAUUCCUGGGAAGCUGUAUUACGAUGCUGAAACGGCGUGCACCAUCAUUUUGAUCAGAUCUGCACGCCUCAUCCUGUUGAUGACGAUGCUGCUGUACCACCAUAUGAUGCAGUCCGUCGACGAAGGAGUUUUUGGAGACAGACUUGUCUGGGCCGAGUGCAUCUUAGUGCUUGAACAAGACGUGACCAAGUCCAUCGACGACAUUCUCUCAUGCGUACCAUAUGCCCUUGGUGAUAUCAAGCCAAGUGGCGUGUCACCUGGCAACCGCCACGACGGGGCUGGCGCCAUCGUUAUCGUCCACUCGAUCAGGCUGGUCUCGCAUUGCGCAUAUGCGACGCCGGACCAACUUGCGAAGGCGAAAGACAUCCUGGCCCGCAUAAACUCGACAAUCGGAAUCAAGUCUGCAGUUGGGUGGGCACAAGGGAAAGACUUGACGUCGAGAUGGGCACACGAGCAAGCUUGUUUUAGUCGCUUCGCUACAGCCCGUGCAACGAGUGCAACAUCCUCUCCUUCCACGUGUGGAACAUUGGAUCAUGUUGAAAUUAAUAUGGAAUACGAAUACAUGGCUUAG